AUAUUGGUAAAGGCACUGGAACUGAGGUAGAGCGGAGUUUCCUGUUAUCGCGGGAGCUAAAGGCGGGACUGCCACGUCUAAGCAUACCGGGGAAGGAGAGGAUUGCGAAGCCGGUGAGAAUUCCCUGCUUUUCCCUACCGUCCUUUCCAGGCCUUUUAACCACCUAAUGGGUCAUCGAGACGAGGGCCUAGACAGUCCGUAAGGUGGCAGGUCAAAGCCUAAAGUGGUGUCCCGGGGCCCUACAUCCGGGAGGGGGUUCGGGAUAAAGAGAACGAGUCUUGGGAAGAAUGUGGAUGGGGACGUAAUGGAAUGAGGGAGCAGCCCAUAGAGGUGGAUAGAGGGCGCGAUUGGAGUAAAGCGAACCCUGCAUACAUAUAGAGUUGAGAGUCAAGUGGAGUCACUGUCUCUGUCCCUCUGGUCAGCAUGAUGGCCAGAGGCCUGGGGAUCCCCCACUGGGUGGCCGUGGGACUGCUGACCUGGGCGGCCUUGGGGCUGCUGGUGGCCGGACACGGGGGUCAUGGCGAUCCACAUGACGACCUGCAAGAGGACUUCCAUGGCCACAGCCACAGACACUCACAUGAGGACUUCCACCAUGGCCACAGUCAUGCCCAUGGUCAUGGCCACACUCAUGAAAGCAUCUGGCAUGGGCAUACCCACGGUCAUGACCAUGGACAUUCACAUGAGGAUUUGCACCAUGGCCAUAGCCACUCCCAUGAGAGCCUCCACCACAGAGGACAUGGACAUGACCAUGAGCAUAGCCAUGGAGGCUAUGGGGAGUCUGGGGCUCCAGGCAUCAAGCAGGACCUGGAUACUGUCACGCUCUGGGCUUAUGCACUGGGAGCCACAGUGCUGAUCUCAGCAGCUCCAUUUUUUGUCCUCUUCCUUAUCCCUGUGGAGUCAAACUCCCCCCGGCAUCGCUCCCUACUUCAGAUCUUGCUCAGUUUUGCUUCUGGUGGGCUUCUGGGAGAUGCCUUCCUGCAUCUCAUCCCUCAUGCUCUUGAACCUCAUUCUCACCACACUCUGGAGCAACCCGGACAUGGACACUCUCACAGUGGCCAGGGCCCCAUUCUGUCGGUGGGAUUGUGGGUUCUCAGUGGAAUUGUUGCCUUUCUUGUUGUGGAGAAAUUUGUGAGACAUGUGAAAGGAGGACAUGGACACAGUCAUGGACAUGGACACGCUCACGGCCACACACAUGGAAGUCAUGCACAUGGAAGACAGGAGCAUUCUUCAAAGGAGAAACAGAGCUCAGAGGAAGAAGAAAAGGAAGCAGGGGGGCUGCGAAAGAGGCGAGGUGGCAGCAUAGUACCCAAAGAUGGGCCAGUGGGACCUCAGAACCCUGAAGAAGAAAAAACAGGCUCGGAUCUGCGUGUGUCCGGGUACCUGAAUUUGGCUGCUGAUUUGGCACACAACUUCACGGAUGGCCUGGCAAUUGGUGCUUCCUUUCGAGGGGGCCGAGGGCUGGGGAUCCUGACCACAAUGACAGUCCUGCUACAUGAAGUACCCCAUGAGGUUGGGGACUUUGCCAUAUUGGUCCAGUCUGGCUGCAGCAAAAAGCAGGCGAUGCGUCUACAACUACUGACAGCAGUAGGGGCACUGGCAGGCACAGCCUGUGCCCUUCUAGCUGAAGGAGGGGCAAUGGGCCGUGAAGUUGCAAGUAGUGCGGGUCCUGGCUGGGUCCUGCCAUUCACUGCAGGUGGUUUUAUCUACGUAGCAACAGUGUCUGUGUUGCCUGAGCUUUUGAGGGAGGCAUCACCAUUGCAAUCACUUCUGGAGGUGCUGGGCUUGCUGGGGGGCGUUGUCAUGAUGGUGCUGAUUGCCCAUCUUGAGUGAGUGAUGAAAUAAUCUGCCCCCACCACUGCCCAAAACCUCCACCCCUAACUCCAGAUCAGGAGUCUGUGGUGGUUGGAGACCCUGGCCAGGGACAUCUGCUAAAGGAAGGAAUUGUAACCUAGGAGAAUGGUUACUUGGCAUUAGAGCCUUCAAGGUUUGGCAGUCUUACAGGGGCUAUAGAGGUGAGAAUGAGCAACCAGAGGGACCAUAGUGUUUGGCACCAGCUGACUGUGUUGGAUUUGGAGGGCUAAAUGGGGCCAUGAAGAAAACCAGAAGGGAGAGGGGUGAUGGCAGUCUGACUGGUGUCCCCUACCCCACCUGUUGUCAGAGGACCAAGCUGCUGCUGCACAGAGGAUUCUCCAAGGUCCACUUUUCUCUCUCCCACCUGCUGGUAGAGGUUUCAGGGAAGACCAGAGCCCUGGACAGAGGGAGUAACAGGAGUAGGAGAAAAACAUCAAACAUCGAUCGUGUGUCUUGAUUUGGGAGUGAUUGAGGGUAGGGGGUGGGAGAGGGAUAGUUGGUAAUCUCAUGGCCUGAUUUUUUGUUGUUGUUCCUAUUCUUUUUAUAUCACUGUGUUUAAAUGGGGGGGAGGGGUGGUGACCGGAAAUAAAGUCCUCGGAUCUUCUGCCCCAUA